AAAUGACUGAUCAUCAUGACAUAUUAUUUUGAAAAAUUCAAAUUUAUGUUAAACGAGCAAAAUGCAUUUACGGAAAUAUGCUGCGGCCGGUGGUGAUGAUUCUGCUGAUUGUACAGAGGGUGACGAGCGAUGGAAGCGGGGUGAGAGAACUUGUAAAGUCAUGGGCACCAUUAGUCUGGCUAGCACCUGGGGAAAGAUUCAUGCCCCUUGGAGUACCGGAGUUCCUCGAGCACGUGCAAGCCGGUGACAAUUACCUCCGCACGCGCACUGAUGUUGUGACGUUGCUGAGGAAUGAAUCAUCGUUUUUAUACGGAAAGCAGCCGGCUGGUAAAGUCCCAAUCUAUGCCCUGGUGAAGACCUGUGAGGAGACAAGUGACUCGUCGAACUCCAUCGAGAGAUCAAAAAGAAGGCGCGAGAUAUUGUCUUCUGACCUCUACCAAUCGCUUCAGAUUAAUGAAAUGCCAUUGGGCAUUAAGAAAAGCAUCAUUAAAAUGACAACAUCAAUGCCAGAAGCCAAUAAUGACGAUGGAAAAGUCAUUAAUAAUGACAACGGAUUGAGGAAGCGAAUGCACUUUCACGUGACCUAUUGGAUGUUUUAUCCUUUCAGCGAGGGAAAGGCCGUUUGCGUUCUGGAUCUUGGAUUUUUUGGUACGUGGCCUAUUCCAACAGUCGGGGGAACUUGUCUAGGUCGGCUCAAGGAGUAUGGUAAUCAUGUGGGUGAUUGGGAACACAUGAGUCUCUACUUCAAGGGAGAUGAUCAUCCCGUUGCCAUGUACGUGUCCGCUCAUGAUACUGGGGCAUUCUAUCGGUAUGAUGUGAGGACUGGAACUUUCGUUUAUGAGAGUCAGGAGACGCGGAAAGGUAUCUUCCAAAAGCCCAUUUUCCCGGAGUACGUAUUCACUUCUGCUGGAUCACAUCCUGUGUUAUUUAGUGCGAAGGGAUCUCAUGGGCUGUGGACAGCACCGGGUAAACACAAAUUUGUUAGACUACCGAGAUUGUACGACGAGAGUGGAUUUGGAAUCGCCUGGCCCACGUGGAAGAGGCUGGAGGUGCUUCCUGAUGAGGAGACGGGGGGCACUCCUGCCUGGAUGAGCUUCAGAGGUAGAUGGGGGAAUCCCAGGAGCAAUUGCCAUCCUCUCGUCAGACUUGGGUUUAACAUAUGUGAGUUCGUUGAUGGGCCGACUGGUAUUCCUACCAAAAAAGGACGAUUUCAGUGUUGAGCAGCAUUUUGGGAGAUAUUUUGUUGAUUAUUUCAUUAGUCUUUGUUUUCUAUUAUAAUAAUGAUUUAUCAGUCAUAGAAAAUGAAUUACAGGACGGGUUAUUGUUGCAAAAGACUUGGCAAGGCAGAUGCUGAUGUGAAGAUGAAGUUCUGGACAGAUGUGGUGAAUCGACAAAAAAAAAAUUGUGCUCAAGAGAGAGAGAGAGAGAGAGAGAGUGUUGAGAGAAUUUUUGUUGACUCUUUUCUUAAGUCAUUAUUUCUAUGUAAUAAAUAGUGAUUUUUUUGUCACGAAUAAUAAAUUACAGUCUUUGUUGUUGUUGGAAAAGAA